AUGGGGUCCUCUCCGCACGUUCAGGAAUCGGGCCAAAGCCCAGAAUACCGAGAUGAUACUCGGUUUUCUCAUUCCGUCCUAACCGACCAUGCGGACUCGCCAAGCAUCGACAGCGAUAGCGAUAGCGACAGCGAUGAUACCAUCUCCGAGGGCAACUCUCCGCCCCUGAGGGGAUUGGAGGCCGCGCCGCUGAUCACUGACCAUCGACGCUUUUCUUCUACAGGACAAGAGAGGGAAUAUGAUGCUGACAGUGUGCUUGAAAAUCCCGAGGAGGAAAAGCCUGUUACUUGGAGCUCGUUGCCGAAGAAGGGCCAAUUGGCGAUCUUGACCUUUGCACGGCUCUCCGAGCCUCUGACCCAAACCUCCCUGCAGGCGUAUAUGUUCUAUCAACUCAAGUCGUUUGACCCUUCUCUGCCAGACUCUAAAGUCUCCGCCCAGGCGGGCCUUCUUCAAGGUAGCUUUACAGCCGCGCAAUUUAUCACGGCGGUAUGGUGGGGUCGGCUCGCAGAUGCCGAAUGGAUGGGUCGGAAAAGAGUGCUGUUGAUCGGCUUGAUGGGUACUUGCUUAUCAUGUAUUGGGUUUGGGUUCUCUCGUAGCUUCGUGUCUGCCAUGAUCUUCCGGACGCUUGGCGGGGUGUUGAACAGCAACAUCGGAGUUAUGAGAACUUUGAUCGCAGAAAUUGUUUGUGAAAAGAAGUAUCAAUCUCGAGCAUUUUUGCUUCUCCCGAUGUGUUUUAACAUCGGGGUGAUCAUCGGCCCAAUCCUAGGUGGUUCCUUGGCCGAUCCUGUCAACAGCUUCCCACAGAUCUUCGGUCCUGGGUCUUUAAUUGGAGGUAAAGAGGGUGUCUGGUGGAUGCAGCGUUGGCCAUACGCCCUUCCAAACGUACUAAGCGCAAUCUUUAUAUUCGCUUCAGUGCUUGCAGUGUUUCUCGGACUUGAUGAGACUCAUGAGACUGCCCGUUACAAAAAGGACUGGGGUCGAAAACUCGGAAAGCGGCUCACAAGAGCUUUCAGACGAAGACCACCACACUACCGCCCCCUCACACGCUCCAGGGACGACGAUUCAGUUUAUCUAGACGGCAGCGUGGAAACGUGGUCUGUACCAUCCAGUCCAGCUCGAUCGCGCGUGCAGCCCCGAGUCCAUAAAAGGCCAGGGUUCCGGCAGAUCUGGACUCGCAACGUCCUCUUGACUCUGCUGGCUAAUUUCCUGUUGGCUUUCCAUACGAGUGCCUUCAAUUCUAUGACCUUUGUAUUCCUGCCUGCGCCUCGUGCCCCCGAGGAUUCUCGACAGGGCUUCUUCCACUUUGGAGGUGGAUUAGGUCUUCCAUCUUCCCGAGUUGGGCUCGCUACUGCUGUCAUCGGAUUCAUCGGCUUGCCGCUUCAGAUCUUCCUGUAUCCGCAGAUCCAAACUAAACUCGGAACUCUGACUUCGUUCCGCACGUUUCUUCCUUUCUCGCCUCUGUCUUACAUGCUAAUGCCUUUCCUGGUUAUUCUCCCGCGCAUUCCUUCGGUUGUCUGGCCGGCUUUCACAUUCGUUGUUAGCUUGCAAGUGAUAUCGCGAACGUUCAUUCUACCUGCUGCUAUUAUCCUUGUGAAUAAUUGUGUCACAGAUGCAUCCGUUCUUGGCACGGUUCAUGGUGUGGCGCAGAGUAUAUCCAGCGCAGGUCGCACACUUGGCCCACUCCUCGGAGGAUGGGGCCUUGGUCUGGGACUGGAGUAUAAUAUGAUCGGGGCAGUUUGGUGGGCGCUAGCGGCCCAGGCUUUGGUUGGGUGGGCCAUGCUGUGGAGUAUAUACGAAGGCAACGGCAUCGAGCAAAAGAAAGAUGAGGAUGAGGAUUGA